GAAUCACAGACGUCCCCUCUAUCCCCCCCUCGCUGUGACCUGCUCUGACCUUCUGGAGUCGCGCCCUCGUGGGAUCGACAUGAACUGGCGGAACAACAACAUCCGCUCACGUCACUUCCGCCCGAAAGCCUGUCAAACAUGGCGCUGCUGCUAAGGGUGAUUGCCCGUCCAGGUGUGUGUCUCGCCAGACCACAGUACAGUGUCAUCUAUAGACAUGUCGCUCCAAUGGGAACCACAGCGAAGGAGGAGAUGAACAAGUUCUGGGCCAAAAAUGCCAAAUUAAAUCGACCCAUGUCUCCGCAUCUCGCCAUCUACCAAUGGUCCGUCCCCAUGGUGAUGUCGGUCACGUUCAGAGGAACUGGUGUGGGGCUCAGCGGAGCUAUCUCAGCCUUUGCGCUGUUAGCCUUGGCUUUGCCGGGACAGUACCCGUACUACCUGGACCUGAUCCACUCGCUGUCUGUCGGCCCCUUCCUCAUUGGGUUGGCCAAGUUUGGCAUCUCCUUCCCUCUGUCGUUCCACACCUAUAAUGGCGUCCGCCACUUG